AUGAUGAUAGACGAGCUGAUUGAGAACAUCGUUGCUAGUGGCACGUACGAUGAUGAUUUUCUUCGUAGAAUUGUUCUGGUUCUUCUAGGCACGGUUCUUGCACCGCAGUCCACGAAAGAAGUUCCUAAUGCUUAUUACAAGUUAGUGGAGGAUGUGGAGGCCAUCAAAGCAUUUAAUUGGAACACGUUUACUUUACGCUACUUGUUUUGGGAGAAAGUGCAGCCACUGGAUGAUGAGGCAUUUGAUCGACUGGCUCAUGAAUAUCCGUUGGUGCUUAAUUGGUCAGAAGAUGAGGCUAAGAAGCGUGACGCGUAUGACACGUCAUACGGCCGUGGUAAUGGGACGAUAGUAUUGGAGAAGCUGGAGAAGAAAGGUCUCGUCUUCAAGCCAAACAGGGGGUCUGGUGAUGACGUUGAGUUUGUGGAGCAUAGUGAAGACUGUGUGGGGAAGUAUGGUCCAUCAAAAUACAAAUCAUCAAAAUAUUGGACAGAUGUAAAAUCAACUCCUGCAAAAGAAGAUAUGGACAACAGGGUGGACGCAUCCUUCACCAUUGGGAACGGGAAGAAAUUGGCGCGUGAGAAAGGUGUGCAUCACAACACACCUGGUACAGGAGAUGAAGGCGACCCCUUCAUUAUUGACGACAAUGGUAAUUCACCCAACCCAUCUCUUGCGUCGGUAGACACGAAUGACUUUCCAGCUAUUACUUCAACCCCCAAGAAUAUGAAUGAAGUAUCAAACGGGUCUAGCGCCGAUAAAUAUGAGGAGAUUAGUAUGGAUAGUCUGAACACCCGUAUAAAAAAUGCGAAAGAAAAUGGCACUAAGGAGAAUGAUGGGAAACGCAAGAGGAAACAAUCUGUUUGUAUAAGAGCUGCUAUGAUUAGUACUGAUUACAUUAAUGAGGAUCACAUAGAGGCCGCAAAGGUUUAUAUCCAAACACUGGCAGACUCGGAGAAGCUUUGUAGGAAAAUUGUUGUGCACAUGACGGGAAUUGGUGGGGAAACAUGUACACCUGAUAUGCUUCAAGCCAUCAUUUUGAAAAAGUGGUUGCAUGGCGGUGUCAUCAAUAGUUAUUGCAACCAUAUGCAGACCCAUAAUCCUCGUGCUGACCAUCACAUAUUAUCAUCUUGGGUGUCCCACUGGCUUAUUCUUCGUGCUGAUGGAAAGGUUAACAACUCUAAGAGGCAUUUUAUGGAUCAUUUCACUAACCAAACUAAAAUGGUGUCUAGAGUUACUGAAGAGUAUUUCAUCAAAGAUAAGGACAGAGAUGAUUGGACAUUUGAGUUUGAUCAAGAUGAGGUUAAUGCUUCAAGGGGACGCAUUCUAGCUGAAAUACUUUUUUCAGAAUGCAACACGAUGGAAGUAGUGAAAGAGAAGAUCCUCAAGAUCAUGGAGAAGAAAUGA